UUUCAGUAGUUGCGACAAUCCUGCCACGCAUUGGAGAGAGGGAGGGAAACUGUUGAGAAGAAAGGAAAGGUAGAGAAAGAUCGAUUGAGAGUGAGGGAGAGCUGUUAGUCUAAAACCCAUUGGCUUAAGUGGAGUGCUGAGGCUGUGUCUCAGUGUUGUUCAGUGGAGCGUUCAGUGGACUAUGCCAGUCUGUCUGUGUCUUGUGUGUGUAGCUGUAGUUUGACUGGACUCUGCACUGACCAGUGGAUAGUGAAGAGAGGGAGUAGGGAGAGGAGGGGCAGUGUGCAGUCCGGCGGAACCAAGCCUAUCUGCCGCCGCCAGCUUUUGCAAGCAUGCUGGAAAAUACAGGUUCUACAGAAGUGGAUUCUAGAAUGAGUAAUCCAUCAGAAACUAGUAAAUGUGCAAUGGAGAGUCAGAGUGGGGACGGAAACACAGGAGUCCAAACGAAUGGACUGGACUUUCAGAGGCAGACAGUGCAGGCCACAAAUGCAAUCACCAAUGCACAUGCACAGGCUCUGCUCCAACAGUCCAAGUCUGAAGACUCGGGUGCAAUUCCGACCUCCGUCCAGCAGGGGGUGCUGCCUCAGGCCCAGCUCAUGCUGGCUGGGGGACAGAUAGCUGGAUUGACCCUGUCUCCAGCGCAGCAGCAGAUGUUUUUGCAGCAGGCCCAGGCCCAGCUCUUGGCAGCAGCCAUGCAGCAGCAAUCAGCCAGCCAGCAGAGCAGCACCACGGGGGCCAGCAUCUCUGCCUCUGCAGCCACCCCCAUCACACAGCUGCCCCUGUCCCAGCCCGUCCAGAUCACCUCUAUUCCCUCUGUCUCUACUCAUCUCCCAGGCCAGCUAAGCCAGCUGGGAUACCCGUAUGAGAUGGCGACCUUCAGCAGUUACCUACCUCAGUUACAGCAGCUGCAGCAGCAGAACCUAACCAUGCCCCAGUUUGUCCUGGUUCAACCUGGCCACCACAUCGCCACCCAGCUGCAGCCUGGUCAAUUCAUCAUCUCACAGACGCCGCAGAGCCAGCAGAGUAUGUACACAACGCAGAGUUUCCUGCAAGCCCAUAAUCUUCUAACUCAACUACCUCAAAGCCAAGCCAACCUCCUGCAGACUCAGCCAAGUAUCAACCUUGCCUCACAGCCAGCAACUCCGUCCCACACGAUAGCAGCCACGCCCAUCCAGCCCCUGUCUCACAGUCAGACCCCGCCCAAACGCCUGGACACACCCAGUCUGGAGGAGCCCAGCGACCUGGAGGAGCUGGAACAGUUCGCUAAGACCUUCAAACAGAGACGCAUCAAACUGGGCUUCACACAGGGGGAUGUUGGCCUGGCCAUGGGCAAGCUGUAUGGUAACGACUUCAGCCAGACCACCAUUUCCCGCUUCGAGGCCUUGAACCUCAGCUUUAAGAACAUGUGCAAGCUGAAGCCACUUCUGGAGAAGUGGCUCAACGAUGCAGUUUGUGCAGAGAAUCUGUCGUCUGACCUGGCCCUGUCCAGCCCUUGCGGCCUGGGGUCCCCCGGUCUGGGCAUGGAGGGGCUCAACCGCCGACGCAAGAAGAGGACCAGCAUCGAGACCAACAUCCGCGUGGCCUUAGAAAAGAGCUUUCUGGAGCAGAACCAAAAACCUACCUCUGAGGAGAUCACCAUAAUUGCUGACCAGCUCAACAUGGAGAAGGAGGUGAUCCGGGUGUGGUUCUGUAACCGUCGGCAAAAAGAGAAGCGGAUCAACCCCCCCAGCAGCGGACACAGCAUCACAGGGACAGGCAGCACCCCCAUCAAAACCAUCUUCACCCCCAAUAGCCCCUUGGUGGCCAGUACGGCGAGCCUUGUGACCAGUAACACACCAACCACACUCACUUUAAACCCAGUGAUGCCUCUCACCAGCACCAGCGUCUCCGGUCUGACCUUGACAGGCACGACGAUCGGAGCGACCACAAACACGGCAUCUGUCAUCUCUACGGCACCCAUGGUUACCGCGGUGACCAGCUCCACCUCGCUAAGCCCCUCCCCCACGGCCCUCCAGGCCACGGCAGCGGAGACGGAUGGAACCCAGGAGCACACGGUGGUCAUGCAGGCACCAUCGUCACUAGCAACCAAUCUGGGGACAGGUCAGGUGAUGGUGGCUGGACCGGGGCUGUCAGCGGCCCUGCAAGGAGCUGCCCAGUUACCCACCAGUUCUAGUUACGCCUCCAUGGCUGGCCUUAACCCAGGACUGAUGGCAUCCUCACAGUUCACUCCUGGGGGGGCCUUGCUGAGCUUAGCUCCGGGUGGGCUUGGAGGGGCUAUAAACCCCGCCAUGUUGAGCAACAGCACCCUGGCCACCAUCCAAGGUCUAUGGAGCGCUCUGGCAUCGGGUGGCACUCUCCCCAUCACCUCGCUGGACGGGAGUGGUAACCUGCUGUUCGCUAACACCUCGGCCGGCAGCACCCCCAACCUGGUGCAGCCCCUCUUCCUGAACCCCCAGAACCUGUCCCUGCUCACCAGCAACCCCGUCAGCCUGGUGUCGGCCGGAGCAGCCGGGGGAGGGGCCCUGCAGGUCACAGCCAACCACCAGGUCACCACGGCGACCGUCCCAGUGCCCGCCUCCACUAUCACCACUGCCUCCAAGGCCCAGUGAAGCUGAAGGCUCAAAUUGCCUCGAAUGACACCCUAUGCUCUAUUUAGUGCACUACUUUUGGUUAAAUGUUGCGUACGAUAUGGAUGGCUUUGGCCAUAGUAAGACACUACAUGGGGAAUAGGGCUGUUGUUUAAGAUUUGCCCAUAGGCUAUUUGCUCAAAACACUUCUUCAUCCUCUUCCUCCUUGUCCUUCUGCCUGUCAUCUAUCAUUAUUUAAUCCUUUUGCUGCCACCAAAAAGAAACCCUCUGUGAAGAGGGUUGGAAUUUAUAUUUUACGUUUUUAUUUCAUUAUUCAUUCUCUCUUUUCCCUUGUACUCCAAAAACGAUGUGCGACUCCCUGGAUGUUUUUGUCGGUGUACGCAGCGGGUCACACAGGAGGACUGGGGCGGCCAUUUUCUGAGGCAGGAUCAUCUUGAACUCUAUGGUCUGUGCUCCUUGUGACCCCUGAGGGACCACCUAGCUUUCCCUCUUUCUUCCCUGUCACCUUUUUCAAAAGUAUAUAUCUUCCUCUUCCCUGUUCAGAACAUCUUCUGAAAUACUUCUAACCAAAAAUUUUAUUUAACUUUUUUUACGUUUUUUUUCUUCUAACAAAAAAUGAUUUACUACUAAAGUUCACAAUCUACAUCAUCACUAAAAGGGGGGUUUGCGUGUUUCCCCGUCUAUAGUUUGAAUUUAUUUUGUGUCGGGCUCUGUUGGACAGGUCUCAGCACAAAUCAUAUCAAAAUUAUAUUUUAGAGGCGCUUAGUUUGUUUUCUCUUAUUUUAGUGUGUCUGUGAGUGGACAUUUUCAGAACUUUGUACGUCUAACAUUAAUUUAAGCAUUAACUCUGAUAUACAGUACCAGUCAAAAGUU